CACUUUUUGGUCCUUCUUCUGGGUCUUGUUUCUGCUGCUUCACGUUUGGAUUCUGCAGUGUUCAGUCAGCAUCCCUAUCAGGUCUUAAGUAGUAGUUCUGCUAUUAAUUUUUGCAUUGGUCCUUUAAUGAUUUUUUUCGCUGCAUCUUGGAAUAUGAUUUCAUUGAACUAAAAAUUUAUUCUUAACUCAUUGUUAUUUCUUCUUUCCGAUUUGUUUAUAAGAUAUGAUAUUAAAAGAAAUCAUUGUGAAAUUUUUAUAGGGCUAAAGAUUUGGCUGACGUUUCUCUUGAUUCAUCCUAAAUUGGAUAACCGAUUCUCGAAAAGUGACGCAAUAUGCCAUGACUUUCAUUUUUGGCGACGAAACGCUCAGAAUCAACGUAAAGAAGAGUCGAGAAAAAUAUAAACAACCUUGCCAGUUUGUACUUUGUCGUGAGGAAGACUUUGUAAAAUUUCCAUUGUCGAACGUGGAAAAGUGAAACGUGAGUCGUGUCACGUGGAAAUUUCCUCGAACUCUCUGUUAUGUCGAACUGGUUUUGAAAAAAAAGAGUCGCACGGCCCCGGCUCCAGCCCCAUAGAGAUCUGGUGUAUCAGCUGUUUUCCCCUUCAGUACAUCCGUCGUGACAGCAGCAUUGGAAAUAACUAAAUGCUCUGUAAUGUCAAACUUAAAAAAUAUUGUAUUGAGGAUCCAGUCUUCAGAAGGGACAAUCAGGAUAAACGUCUCUACAGAUGAUACAAUUAAAUCCGUUUAUGUUAAGGUGCAUGAUGCUUUGUCGUUAAAGGGUUUCAAUUUUUCGCUUCAUCGCAGCAGGAAGUUCAACGAUGUGUUGGCCUUCUCGAAGUCGGCCACUGUCCAAGGCAAAGGGCUGAAGCACGGCGACAUCCUUUAUCUUCAGCAGCAGGACGAGAUCAAUUGCUGCGACCAAAACAACGAUGUUCAAAGUACACCGGGUACGAGCGGCUCUUCGUCGCAGAGCACACCCUCAGGUGAACCUGGCUUCGAUCCUCAAGAGGUCACAAAUAACAUUCACAAUACAGUUGUAGAAGAUGAAGUCGACCAAAUGCUUUGGAAAAUGGACGGGCACAUUUAUAGGCAACGGGAUCCUAAAUUAUGCCGUCAUGGUACAAAUGCUUGUUGCGUCCACUGUUCCUCCUUAGAACCGUAUGAUGAAGAAUAUUUAAAAGAACAUAAUAUCAAACACAUGUCGUUUCACUCGUACUUAAGGAAAUUAACUGGAGGAGUUGACAGGGGUAAAUUCCUAGCGUUAGAAAACACUACAUGUCGCAUAAAACCUGGUUGCAAAGAGCAUCAGCCAUGGCCUAAAGGGAUUUGCUCAAAAUGCCAGCCAUCAGCAGUCACAUUAAACAGACAAGUCUAUAGGCAUGUAGAUAAUGUUAUGUUUGAAAAUCCUGAAAUUGUGGAAAGGUUCCUUGAAUACUGGAGAGUCUCUGGUCACCAAAGAGUUGGAUAUUUGUAUGGGAGGUAUGAAGUACAUUCAGAUGUACCUCUAGGUAUAAGAGCGAUUGUAGCUGUUAUCUAUGAACCUCCACAGGAAACAUCUAGAGAUAAAGUUAAACUGUUACCCGACGAAAGAGAGUCAUUGGUGAACGACAUUGCCCGAAUGUUGGGCCUUGUUAAAGUAGGAUGGAUAUUUACAGAUCUUAUAGCUGAUGAUGUACAAAAAGGGACAGUCAAACACAUAAGAAAUAUAGACACACAUUUCCUCUCUGCUCAAGAAUGUAUAAUGGCAGGGCAUCUCCAAAAUCUUCAUCCCAAUCCUUGUAAAUUCUCUCCAACUGGUUAUUUCGGUUCUAAGUUUGCUACUGUCUGUGUAACAGGUGAUGCAAAAAACCAAGUCCACAUGGAAGGCUACGCAGUAUCGUCACAAUGUAUGUCUCUGGUUAGAGACGAAUGUCUUGUACCUACUAAAGACCUUCCCCAGUUGGGUUAUGUGAAAGAGUCAUCAGACAAGAUGUACGUUCCAGAUGUGUACUAUAAGGAAAAAGAUACUUAUGGAAAUGAAGUGUCAAAAUUGGCUAGGCCGCUUCCCGUGGAAUAUUUAUUAGUUGAUGUUCCUGUGUCAACACCCCUCACACCUUUACAUACUUUCAGAUCGGAUCCGACAAAAUCACCGUUUCCAAUUGAAAAUAGACUCUUAGAUAAACAUAUACAGGAUUUCAAUGCAUUAUCAUCUUACAUACAUCAGUUUUCCUCAGAUCAAUUUCUCACGGCCGUUUCAGAUUUCCAUGUUCUUCUGUACAUAGCGACUAUGGAAAUGUUACCGAUGAAGGAUUAUUUAGGGCCUUUAUUAAAAGCGGUGAAAGAAAGGGAUGCAGUCGCCGCGGCAGAUUGGGCCAGGUCAGAACACUGGGCGACCGUGGAGCAGCUAGUCGCUUCGAGCCAAGAAGGUCCGACAAGCAUGGACACCUCGGCCGAAUGGACUUGCCCGCAUUGCACUUUUCUCAACCUACCCCACCUUCAGUCAUGCGAUAUGUGCAGCCUUCCGAGAUAACCAUAACUCCAAGCGUAUCUUUGUGAUAAAUACUUUUUUUUUAGAAUGCCGAGAUGAUUGCUGAUUAUGAGAGAAAAUAAAUUGAUAUUUACCUAUAUACAAAACAAAGAAAAAAUUUAAAAAAAGUUAAAAUUUUCAGCAAAAUGCCCCCUCUUUCUUGAGUCCGAAUGGAUGCUUCUGAGCAACCGAUUUUUAUGGUAUGUUGGUUCUAAAAGUAAAGUAAAAAUGUGUCAAUCUCAAAACUGGGGUUCAGGGCUUGAUUCUGUAAAAAAGUGAAGUGUGAGAUGGGUUUUGAACAGAUUUUUUCAAAAACAUAAAAAAAUACUGUGAUGAAAAUAAAUUGUGUACUCUUACAGUGGAUUGUUUCCUUAGGAAAAAAAUUAAACAAUAAUUAUCAUCAUUAAAUAGCAGUUGUAAAUUUGUUUUA